UAUCAUAACUUCAGCUAAAAAUGUUCUAUUACAAACUGUUGUUGACUUGUUCGUGUUUUACAUUCAUAAGUACUGAAAAUGAAUUUCAGACGUUAGUGAACAUUGUAACAAAAAACAUUGAAGACUCCGAAACAUACAAUCUUCCUAAAAAUAACAAUGAAUCUGUUUUUACGACAAGUGCUGAAGUUCAAGAAUAUGGUCAGUUCGAUUUUAUAAUUGUGGGAGCAGGAUCUUCUGGAUGCGUAUUAGCCGACAAAUUAUCAAAAAAUGGUAAAUGGAAGGUUCUUUUGUUAGAGGCUGGAUCAGACGACACAAAAUUUAGUGACAUACCAGGAAUGGCUUCGUUUCUGCUAAAAUCAAAAAUUAAUUGGGGGUACUAUUCAAAACCCCAAACUAGAUCUUGCCAAGGCAUGGUGAAUAAACAAUGCCUUAUUCCGCGAGGAAAAGUUAUGGGAGGUUCCAGCACCAUUAAUUUCAUGAUCUACACUCGAGGUAACAGAGAAGAUUAUAAUUUAUGGCAACAAAUGGGCAAUGAUGGGUGGUCCUAUGAUGAAGUGGAACCAUAUUUUCGACAAUUAGAAAAUUGGCAAACUUAUGGAGAUCUAAAUUUACAUGGAUUUGGAGGUCCUAUCAACUGUAACAGAACUGCACCUGCAACAGCACUUAAACAACCAGUUUCGGAAGCGCUUCUAUCAAUGGGUAUGAAACAACUUGAUUACAAUGGGAAAUCGCAACUUGGAUUUGAUGAACCCGUAUUGAAUAUCGAUUAUAAUAAGCGUGUUAGUAGUGCGUUUGCGUUUAUAAGGAAUAUUUCGUCUAGACCAAACCUUAAAAUAAGCAAAAACUCCUUUGUCACCAAAAUUAUAAUUGAUGAAACUUUGGGUGUAACCGAAGGAGUGGAAUUUGUUAAAGACAACGUACGUUACAGAUCUUUGGCCGCACGGGAAGUAAUUUUAUCAGCAGGAGCUAUAAAUACACCUCAAAUUUUGAUGUUAUCGGGUAUUGGCCCCAAAGAAGAACUAGAACAACAUAAUAUUAAACUAAUAAAGGACCUUCCCGUGGGGAAAUUUUUACAAGAUCAUCCAAGAUUUGAUGGGUUCGUGGUGCGAACUAAUAUUUCAGACAUACGUUAUAACUUAACAGAAAACUUAAGAAGAUACAUGUUCGCAUCAAGACCUCUCACUUCACCAAUUCCUCUUGAAAUUGUCGGAUUUUUAAAUUUAGAUAAAAGGGGUACAGUUCCAGAUAUAGAAUUUGUUGCCGGUUUUCAAGGAGAAUACUCAGAUUAUGUAAAAUUUGUAAAUAAUGCUGAUGACCAGUAUAAGAAUUAUUUAUCAACUUUCAGUGCAGUUACUGAUUUCAAAAUUUAUUUAGCUUUGUUGCAUCCAAAGGCAAGGGGCAAUAUUACUUUAAAAUCUAAAAAUCCCGCUGAUUUUCCUAUUGUUGAUCUAAAUUAUUUUUCUGAUAACUGCAACAAAGACAUUAAUAAACUUUACAAAGCCAUAAAAUAUUUCGAAAGAGUGUUAGAAACACCAGCAAUGAAGGCUAUUAAUGCUACUUUAGCUAUACCAAAUGAAAUUUGCCACGAGCAUAAACUCAAAUCCAAACAGUUCUGGUAUUGUAUAAUUGAAUUCUUUACACAAAGUACAUUUCAUCCAGUUGGUACUACAAGAAUGGGAAAAUUUUCAAAUGAUUCUGUGGUGAAUAAUGAGCUGAAAGUACAUGGAAUCAGAAAAUUGAGAGUUGUCGAUGCAGGAAUAAUGCCAGAAAUCACUUCAGCUCACCCUAAUGUGCCAACCAUGAUGCUUGCGUGGAAAAUAUCAGAUAAAAUAAUAAAAGAAUAUGAUGAAUAACAAAAGCUGACAAAGAGUUUCAUCAUAAAUGCACCUGGUAUUAUUCUUUUCAUUACUAUUGAUUAAAAUACCAAAUAAAAGAAUGUAAAAUUAACAAUUGUCA